AUGAUGAAGUACUGUCGAAGCGAUGUUGACAUUCUCCGACGAGCAUGUCUAAAAUUCAAAAAUCUUUUGCUAGAGGCGACACAGAAGGAUGGGGGUCCAGGUGUUGAUGCGUUUUCAUCCACUACCAUUGCCUCUCUUUGUAUGAAUGUAUUCAAACUCAAAUUCCUUCCAGAAGAUUGGAAGAUUUGGGUCAGAGAAAAUAAUGAAGAGCGAGAAUUAGACGCAAAAACCCUGAAUGGACAUAUGACUGUAUAUCAUCAAAAUCAAUGGAAGACCUGGUCAGAAUUCAAAGCCCUUAACCUCGAGAAAAUCAAAGAAGUGUUUAUCAAGUCCCCGAUUGCUCGUCCUCCCUCGAAUGGAUACCAUUCUCGACUUAAAUUUAGUAAAAAGUCAAUUAGUUGGUUAGAAUUAAUCAAACAUCGCAAACGUAUCAAAGGACACUCCAUUGAAAUUCAACAUGCACUAAACGGAUUUGGAGAGUACAAAGUUCCCGGAACUCGUUACUUUUUAGACGGUUACUCACCACCCGAUUUAGAAAACCCCAGAGGCAUCGCUUACGAAUUUAACGGAUGCCUUUAUCAUGGCUGUCCUGUCUGCUUCAAAAAUAAAGAAGAUGUUCUCCUUCCAAACUCGGAACAAACGGCAUCGGAACUCUUAUCUUUGACACGUCACAAGGAGAGAAAACUUAAAGAACUUGGUUUUAAAGUCCUCAGCAUCUGGGAACAUGAAUUCGACGCUUGGUUGGAAAUGGAUAGUGAGGCCCGAUCGUUUGUCGAUACUUUUGAUGUAGUAGAUCGCCUUGAUCCUAGGGAUAGUCUAAUGGGUGGGCGCACUAAUGGCUGUGUGCUCUACAAGAGGGCGAAUCAGGGUACUAAAAUAAAAUACGUUGAUUUUACAUCCCUAUAUCCUUAUGUCAACAAGACGUGUCGUUAUCCGAUAGGUCACCCAGUGAUUAUAUCAAAUGAUUUCAGCGACAUCUCAUCUUAUUUCGGAUUAGCUAAAGUGAAGGUUUUACCACCUCGUGGGCUCUUUCACCCUGUAUUGGGAUAUCGUACGGGAGGUAAAUUGACUUUUCCUCUCUGUCGGACGUGUGUGGAAUUACAAAAUCAGGAGACAUGUACCUGUUCCGAUGAUCAGAGAGCGUUGACAGGAACGUACUGCACACCCGAGCUCCAAAAAGCCGUUCAGAAGGGAUAUAUUAUUCUAAAGAUCUAUGAAGUUUACCACUGGUCGGAGACGACUCAGUACGAUCCCGCUACUAAGACCGGUGGUCUCUUUGCUGAAUACAUUAAUUUAUUUCUAAAGAUCAAACAGGAGGCUAGCGGGCGACCCCACUGGGUCAAUACAGAAGAAGAUUUACAGAAAUAUAUUGAAAUGUAUGAACAGAGAGAAGGUAUUCGUCUAGACCCUAGUAAUAUCGAGUACAAUGCAGGUCUUAGAAGUCUCGCCAAACUACUCUUAAAUAGCUUUUGGGGAAAAUUCGGCCAACACCUCAAUCUCACUAAAAACCAAUUCCUGCACGAUAGUCAGGCUCAUGUCUUGUUCCAGCAGAUGGCCAAUCCGACUGUUGAGAUAGUAGAUUUUAAUAUCGUAGACGAGGAGAACCUCCUGUUAUCUACCAAACGGACAUCUGAAGAGAUGUGCCAGCCUGGUCAUACAAAUGUGUUUCUGGCUUCUUUUACAACAUGUUGGGCAAGACUGAAGCUGUACGAAUUAUUGGAUCAGUUACAGACCCGAGUUUUGUAUUGGGACACUGAUUCCGUUAUCUACACUCAAAAGGAAGGCGAGUUAGAACCUCCAGUAGGUGAUUAUCUAGGUGAACUCACUAACGAACUGGAAGAGGAUGACUGGAUCACAGAAUUCGUUUGUAAUGGACCAAAGAACUAUGCUUACAAAACACACAAAGGGAAAGAAGUUUGCAAAGUCAAAGGAUUUUCUUUGAAUUACCAGAAUUCCCAAGUUCUUACUUUAGAAAGUAUGAAAGACGUCAUGUUUAACAGAGAUGAUGAGAAUUCCGCUGUGUACCAUACGACUAACCCAAGCAAGAUAUGUAGAGACAAAAUUCACAGUGAACUUUAUUCUCAGGAAGAAAUAAAGCGUUAUUCGGCUGUUUAUACUAAAAGAGUUAUACAACCUAAUCUUGUUACAUUACCUUACGGUUAUUAA